CCUGACUCUCCAAUGUAAUGUAAUCUCCAUUUUUAAGAAACGAAAGAGGGAAUUGAGGAACCUUAUCUUCAUUCAACAUAACAAUGGCUACACCUGCCUCUUCACUUCGCUAUCUUUCCUUAACCCCACAAUCAAUCGCCCACUCCGGCCAUUCCUCUCCUUCUUUCCCUCUUUUCACUUCCUGGUCCAUUAAGCCUCUCACAAAAUCUGUAAUAUCAUUGUCUUACAACAAUUGCAAUAUUGUUAACACUUUUUCACGACGACGCAAUUCUAAGUUUAUACGAAACGUUGCGUUUUCUUCUGAUUUGGACCAACUGGAAGAAGAUGAGAAUGCUGAUUUUUCUGGGUCAGAGGAGCCCAGUUACUCGGCUGACGUCAAACUGUUUGUGGGAAAUUUACCUUUCAAUGUAGACAGUGCUGCUCUAGCUGAAUUAUUUGAACAAGCUGGAAGUGUUGAGAUGGUUGAGGUUAUCUAUGACAAGGUCACGGGAAGAAGCAGGGGGUUUGGUUUUGUGACAAUGUCGACAGUCGAAGAUGCUGCUGCUGCAACUCAACAAUUUAAUGGAUAUGAACAUGAGGGGAGAGCAUUGAGGGUCAAUUCCGGGCCACCACCUCCUAAGAAGGAAAGGUCUUCAUUCAGAGAGCCUAGGGCAAGGACAAGUUUUGAUAAUACAAACAGAGUUUAUGUGGGAAACCUUGCAUGGGGGGUAGACAAUCUUGCACUUGAAACGUUGUUUAGUGAGCAAGGAAAGGUUUUGGAAGCCAAGGUUGUUUAUGACAGAGAUAGUGGUAGAUCCAGGGGUUUUGGAUUCGUAACUUACAGUUCUGCUGAUGAAGUCAAUAAUGCAAUUGAAUCUUUAGAUGGCGCUGACCUUGAUGGUAGGCCAAUUCGAGUCAGCCCUGCAGAAGCUCGGUCAAGUCGCGAGUUUUAACUGCUGGAUCUCUCACAAUCAUUUAGCAGAGAAACUCACUCAGUGUAUCCUAUAUGCAUCUUCACAUUCUUAUUUUAGUAUUUGCCUUCGUGCUGCUAAGUUCAUUUGUCCUGUCGAACAUAUAUCCUCAGAGCAGCUUCAAUAUGAAUGAUUACACGUAUAUCUCAUUUCUGCCUCAGGUAUGAAAAAUUGGAGCUACAGUUUCCCGAAGUUUAUAAAUUAGAUUUGAAGAACUUGUUAGUCGCAUUUGCCCUGCAACUGUGAAUUCAGUCACUGCAUCCAGACUAAAUGGAAGUUGUAAGUGUAUCAAGAUAUUAUGUUGUAAUAGAGUACUAUCACAUUCUGGUAAAAGGGGAUAGAACAAGUUUUAGGACAUUUGGCUUUUAAUUGGUGUAUGUGGUGUGAAAAAUUUUGUGAUUAUGAAAUGAAUUUACAGGAGAUUCUUGCCC